CAUGAACUCGGGACUCUUAAGUUAUGAAUUUUCAGCGUUGAUAAGUUACAUUAUAUGUCCACAAUUCAACAAAUGCUCUGAGAAUCAUUAUCGCCAAAUUUAUUUCGAGUUGCAAUACCUCGUGGUCAUUUGCUUGUGGCCAUGGACUUCGAUCCUAGUAAAUUUCUGAGCCAAAACGGUGGCAAACACGCCCAAACGUCAAGAUUGAUCAUUCUAAACCAGCCUAUUCAAAGUUUUGAGCGACUUGCGCGAAUUUGGGAGAACACCUCAUACCAUAUCUGCGCUGAUGGUGGGGCAAAUUUUCUGCUUGAUUUGGUUUCGAGGCGAGCGAAUGCGAAGCAAGAUUAUCUCCCAGAACUCAUACAUGGUGACUUGGAUUCUAUUUCCGACAAAGUAAGAAAGCACUAUGAAGAUUGCGGGGUGAAAGUGUCACAAGACAGCAGCCAGUAUCGCACUGACUUCGCUAAGGCUGUUCUGGUGUUGACGAAAGGCUACAAAGAUACAGAUUGUCCUGAUCUUGAUGAGCUCGGUCCUUCUUUAGAGCAGGGUGUGGCACAAGAUGUCAUCGUCAUGUCCACAAUGUCAGGACGUCUCGACCAAGCCUUAGGGCUUCUUCACGAAAUGCUUCGCGAAUGUAUAAGGCAUGGGAAAGGUUCGUCACAUCCAGUGUGCAUUUAUUUUGUUAGCGAGCAAUCAGUUUCAUUUGUGUUGCCGGUGGGAAAGAACACAAUUCGAGGCCUUGACCCACGAAAAGGCUUGUUUAAAAAAUAUGCAGGCAUCCUCCCAAUAUACGGACCAGCAAGAUUGACUCUCAAAGGAUUUGAAUGGGAUGUGCAUGACUGGGAGACUGUCAUGGGAGGAAAUGUGAGCACAAGCAAUCAUAUCCUUGGGGACGAAGUUGAAGUUGAGGUUUUUGACCAGCCGGUGCUCUUCACAGUUGAACUGGCCCGCUUUGUGCCUUGAUGACGAUUUCUCUUGCCCUUUGAAUGAUUCACCAGCAAAUACCGAUGCACAUGCUAAGCCUUCCUGCUGGUCUUUGUUGUCAAGCUAAAGCAUUUGGCCGGUUAGCCUGCUGGUUCAAUGAUUUCUAGCAUGGAAAGCAAAAUAUAUGUAAAUAUAUUACAGUAAUUGUACUGGAAGAUAAAAUAAAAACACAGGCGGGAGCACAAAAUUGGCGGCAAAAUAAUUUUUAGCUUAGCACGACGAAGACGAUCAAAAUGAAGCAUAAAUAUCGUAUGCGAAUCAAUAGC